UUGAUUGAAGUUGAAGUUAAUGAUCGAUUGGGUAAAAAAGCUCGAGUGAAAUGCGCCCCCAAUGAUUCUGUGGGCGAUUUUAAAAAGUUGAUUGCAGCACAGAUUGGUACAGAACCCCAUAAGAUUGUAUUGAAAAAGUGGUAUAAGGAAUUCAAAGACCACAUUUCAUUGGAAGAUUACGAGAUUCAUGAUGGCAUGAACUUGGAAUUGUAUUACAGAUAA